CACGAUGGGAGGGGCCAGGCGGGGGCAGCGAGGAUGGGCCGAGGCCAGCCCCUCGUGCCCACGGCAGCCUCGCGGCCCACCGAGCUCCCAGCAGGGGGUAAGCGGGUGCUCAGUCCCCGCCCCUCGGCCGGGGCCUUCCUCCCCGCAACCCCCACCCCCGUGCGCCCGGCUCCUUUCCCGCCGCUCGGCAUCCUGCGAGACUGUCUGUCCCCCAGCGUCCCCCAGGUUUCCCUCUCCUUCGUCCAGCCGCGCUCCUUGUUCGUCCCACAGGUUCCUUCCGAAAGCGAGCUGGAGUCUGUGCUUGGCCGCCUGGGGGGAGCGGGGGCGGGGACGCAGCUAGAAAGAGCCAGAGGAAUCCAUAGGCAGAGCUGGGGAUCUGACCAGCACAGACAUGCCGGUGCUGUCCGAGGACUCCGGUUUACAUGAAACCCUGGCGCUGCUGACCUCUCAGCUCAGACCUGACUCUAACCACAAGGACGAGAUGGGCUUCCUGAGGGAUGUUUUCAGUGAAAAAAGCCUCAGUUACUUAAUGAAGAUUCACGAGAAGCUUCGCUAUUAUGAGAGGCAAAGUCCAACCCCGGUUCUGCACAGUGCUGUGGCCCUCGCUGAGGAUGUGAUGGAGGAGCUGCAGGCCGCUUCUGUGCACAGUGAUGAGAGGGAGCUCCUUCAGCUGCUGUCCACCCCCCACCUCAGGGCCAUGCUCAUGGUACAUGACACGGUGGCCCAGAAGAAUUUCGACCCUGUUCUCCCCCCUCUACCUGACAGUAUUGAUGAGGAUUUUGAUGAAGAAUCAGUGAAGAUCGUCCGCCUGGUGAAGAACAAGGAACCCCUGGGUGCCACCAUCCGGCGGGAUGAGCACUCAGGGGCUGUUGUGGUGGCCAGGAUCAUGAGAGGGGGCGCAGCAGACCGGAGCGGCCUGGUCCACGUUGGAGACGAGCUUCGAGAAGUGAACGGGAUCACAGUCCUGCACAAGCGGCCCGACGAGAUCAGCCAGAUUCUGGCGCAGUCCCAGGGAUCCAUCACCCUGAAAAUCAUCCCAGCCACCCAGGAGGAGGACCGUUUAAAGGAGAGUAAGGUGUUCAUGCGGGCACUCUUCCACUACAACCCUCAGGAGGACCGAGCCAUUCCCUGCCAGGAGGCAGGCCUGCCCUUCCAGCGCAGGCAGGUCCUGGAGGUGGUGAGCCAGGAUGACCCCACGUGGUGGCAGGCCAAGCGAGUGGGCGACACCAACCUUCGAGCUGGCCUUAUUCCCUCCAAGCAGUUCCAGGAAAGGCGCCUAAGCUACCGGAGAGCCACAGGUACCCUGCCAAGCCCCCAGAACCUCAAGAAGCCCCCCUAUGAUCAGCCUUGUGACAAAGAGACCUGUGACUGUGAGGGGUACCUCAAAGGGCAUUAUGUGGCUGGUCUUCGGAGGAGCUUCCGGCUGGGCCGCAGGGAGAGACUGCAAAGCCCACAGGAAGGAAAGAUGUCCACAGUAGCUGAGUCUCUGGAGCUGCUGACCUAUGAGGAGGUGACCAGGUACCAGCACCAGCCAGGCGAGCGGCCGCGCCUGGUGGUUCUGAUUGGAUCUCUGGGAGCCCGACUACAUGAGCUGAAGCAGAAGGUGGUGGCAGAGAACCCACAGCACUUUGGUGUUGCUGUUCCACAUACCACCAGGCCCCGAAAGAGCCACGAGAAGGAGGGGGUGGAAUAUCACUUUGUGUCUAAGCAAGCUUUUGAGGCCGACUUGCAUCACAACAAGUUCCUGGAGCAUGGUGAAUACAAGGAAAAUCUCUAUGGAACCAGCCUGGAUGCCAUUCAGGCUGUGAUGGCCAUAAACAAAGUCUGUUUAGUGGACGUGGCGCCGGACGCACUGAGACAACUGAGGACCUCAGAGUUCAAACCCUAUGUCAUAUUUGUGAAGCCUGCAAUUCAGGAAAGAAGGAAGACACCACCCACGUCGCCAACUUGUGAGGACACAGCAGUUCCACUUGAUGAGGAGCAGCAAGAGAUGGCCGCCUCCGCCGCCUUCAUAGACCAGCAUUAUGGGCACCUGGUGGACGCUGUGUUGGUGAAGGAGGAUCUCCAGAGUGCACACAGUCAGCUGAGAGGGCUCUUAGAGAAACUGAGCAAGGACACUCACUGGGUACCUAUUAGUUGGGUCAGGUAACUGUAUCCUAGAACAUCCAGGUUGGAGGGGACCUGGAGGACCAUCUAGUCAGCCAUGUUACCAUCAAGGAAUUGCAAGUGUGGCGAGGGGCAGAAUUUUGCAUAAACUCCAUCAUCAAGAAGAGUGGGAAGUCCUGUUGGUUGGUUUUUGUCUGUUGUUUUUCGCUGCAUCCCUUUGGAGCAGAAAACAUGAGUUGAAAGGGGGCAUAUCACAGAAUAACACAUGUCAUUCAUUAAAGUAUCACAGGCCAGUUGACCCUGAUUCUUUGUACCAAAGUUAAGUAGCCACUGUCUUUUGGGGGCGGUGAAUGUAUACAGUACCUAUUUGCAGAGAUGUAAGCUUUAGAAAGACGGUGACACUUCAUUUAUCCAGCUUUGUUGGAAGUUGAGUUGUUUUACCCAAGGGGAUUUUUCCCAUGUAACUGAAGUUCCCGUCUUCAAGCAUCAAAACGUGAUUUUAACCUUGAUGAUGGUGAGUGCUUGCCUGGCAAUGGAAAACUUGGUUCUCUGACUUCUUAAAUAGUGAGGAUACGUGAACUUUUUUGGAAGACUGAGGAACACUUCACUGUCACCAUGAAUUACUGUACUAUUCUAUGAUAUAGGGGUGUUUUCAGGGACUUUUAAGGAAGGUAAGGCUGCUUGUCCCCUUUCUAAAUACCCUCAGACUCCUACGAUUGAGUCUUUGCUUUGAUUUGUUCUACUCCGUCACUUGUCUCUCUCGUUACUGACAGCUGCCCUGGUUCUUGCCUGUGCCUACCUUCAGAUUAUAGGGGCUCCUGUCGUGCUAGAUCAUGGGAAACUAGAUGAGCCCCCCCCAAAAAAAACAAUAACUGUUUAAGACACGAUAUAUCAGUCCUUACAUAAAAAUCAAAUUAUAUAAACUCCGAGUAUGGGCCUAAUGGGUUGUUUCUGAGCAAAAGUGUUUGUCACACAGGAUUUGUGAGAUAUCUUAGCUGCUCAGAGAAUUUUGUUUUUUAUUAAUAUCCAACAUAUGUCUAUAAGUCUUCUGUGCCGGGAGCUAUGCUAAGGCCUUUAUAUACAUUACUUUGACAAAUACUCCAAA